GGCUCCGGGUGAGGAGCGCGGCUCAGGAGGCGGGUCUCCCAGCUCUGCUGUGGACGCUCUUUGCGCUAGAGCACCCCGAUUCCUUCCCUCCCCUCCCCUGCUCUCUGGCCUGGGGUCUCGGGGCGGGGAGCGGAGGGAAGGGACGAAAGAGGAGGAGGCAAAAGCGGGGUGAGGGGCGGAGGGGUCCCGGCGCGGGGCUAGGCGCGCGCUGCCUCUCCCUCUCCCGUCGCAGCCGCCGCCGCCGCUUCGCGGGCUCCCGCGGCCCCGGGGCGCCCGCACUAUGCAGGCGGACUGCCGGCCGCCGCGAUGGCGAGCGGGGCGGUGGUGAGAGACAGGCGCAGCCCGCAGUGUCCACAAGUCCGGGCCGCGGCUGCCGCCCCCGCCCGGGCUGCGCUCCCCCUCUCCCGCUCCUGCUCCCCGCCUCCCUGCUCCAACUCCUCCUCCAUGCCUCUGUUCCUCCUGCUCUUACUUGUCCUGCUGCUGCUGCUCGAGAACGCGGGAGCCCAGCAAGGUGAGUGGUCUGCUACAGGGAGUGAGCGGCUAGGGGAGCUUCCCACGGGGCGUUGGGUCUCGGCGGUGGACCGAAUCUGUAGACCCGCAGGGGCAGUGCGGUGCGCUUUCGUGCACUGCCGGACCUGGUCCUUCUUAGGCAAAUACUGUGGUCUCGGGUUGCGAAUGAACCAUUCAAUUGAAUCAAAAAGCAAUGAAAUUACUGUGCUGUUCAUGAGUGGAAUCCAUAUCUCUGGACGAGGAUUUUUGGCCUCAUACUCAGUUAUAGAUAAACAAGAAAGUAUAGCAUUAUAUAACGUUUUACUUGUUUUCAUUUUCAGUAAGUACUGCCCAGCUGGUUGUCUGCUCCCUUUUGCUGAGAUAUCUGGAACAAUUCCUCAUGGAUAUAGAGAUUCUUCACCUUUGUGCAUGGCUGGUGUGCAUGCAGGAGUAGUGUCAAACAUUUUGGGUGGCCAAAUCAGUGUUGUUAUUAGUAAAGGUAUCCCAUACUAUGAAAGUUCUUUGGCUAACAACAUCACAUCUGUGGUGGGCCACUUAUCUACAAGUCUUUUUACAUUUAAGACAAGUGGUUGUUACGGAACCCUGGGAAUGGAAUCUGGUGUGAUUGCCGAUCCUCAGAUAACGGCAUCAUCUGUACUAGAGUGGACUGACCACACAGGGCAAGAGAACAGUUGGAAACCUGAGAAAGCUAGACUGAAAAAACCCGGGCCUCCUUGGGCUGCCCUUGUCACGGAUGAGUAUCAGUGGUUACAAGUAGAUCUGAAUAAGGAAAAGAAGAUAACAGGCAUUGUAACCACUGGAUCCACCAUGGUGGAGCACAAUUACUACGUAUCUGCCUAUAAAAUUCUGUACAGUGAUGAUGGACAGAAAUGGACCGUGUAUAGAGAGCCUGGUGUGGAACAGGAGAAGAUAUUUCAAGGAAACAGAGAUUAUCACCAGGAUGUGCGUAAUAACUUUUUGCCACCAAUUAUUGCACGUUUUAUUAGAGUGAACCCUACUCAAUGGCAGCAGAAAAUUGCCAUGAAAAUGGAGCUGCUGGGAUGUCAGUUUAUUCCUAAAGGUCGUCCUCCAAAACUUACUCAACCUCCACCUCCUCGGAACAGCAAUGACCUCAAAAACACAACAGCCCCUCCAAAAAUAGCCAAAGGUCGCGGCCCAAAAUUUACUCAACCACUUCAGCCUCGCAGUAGACAUGAAUUUCCUGCACAGACAGAACAAACAACUGCUACUCCAGAUAUCAAAAAUACUACCGUAACUCCAAACGUAACCAAAGAUGUAGCACUGGCCGCAGUCCUUGUCCCUGUGCUAGUCAUGGUCCUCACAACUCUCAUUCUCAUAUCAGUGUGUGCUUGGCAUUGGAGGAACAGAAAGAAAAAAACCGAAGGCACCUAUGACUUACCUUACUGGGACCGGGCAGGUUGGUGGAAAGGAAUGAAGCAGCUUCUUCCAGCCAAAUCAGUGGAACAUGAGGAAACCCCUGUUCGCUACAGCAGUAGUGAAGUUAAUCACCUGAGUCCAAGAGAAGUCACUACAGUGUUGCAAACUGACUCUGCAGAGUAUGCACAGCCCCUCGUGGGAGGAAUUGUUGGUACACUUCAUCAGAGAUCUACCUUUAAACCAGAAGAAGGAAAAGACGCAGGCUACGCAGACCUAGAUCCUUACAACUCACCGGUGCAGGAAGUUUAUCAUGCCUACGCUGAACCACUCCCCAUUUCUGGGCCCGAGUAUGCAACCCCAAUUGUCAUGGACAUGUCAGGGCACCCCACAGCUUCAGUUGGUCUGCCCUCCACAUCCACUUUCAAAGCUACAGGGAACCAACCUCCCCCUUUGAUGGGAACUUACAACACACUCCUCUCCAGGACUGACAGCUGCUCCUCAGCCCGGGCCCAGUAUGAUACCCCGAAAGGUGGGAAGCCAGGUCCACCUGCCCCAGAUGAGUUGGUGUACCAGGUGCCACAAAGCACGCAGGAAGCACUAGGAGCAGGAAGGGAUGGGGAAGGUGAUGCUGCUUUUCACAAAGCAUCGUUUUAAAGCACAUGGCCUUUUUUUGAUUAUUAGUGGUAGUUAAUAUAUAGAAUGUAUUACAUAUCUGUCACUGAAGUGGUUGGGGAAAAUGUGGUGACCAAGGUACAGGAAACUACUAAUCUUGCUUUAAAGGUAUUAGUUACUGUGGCCCAGUUACUUGCCUGUUAAAUUUCAAACAUCCUAUUUGUUACUACUGUAAAAAAACACUAUUUUUAAUACAAAAAAAAAUUCCCUAUAAUGCACUUCAAAGAAAUUAAAAAUCACUGAGUAUUUAUUACCAAUGCUGCAGGUACAUUAAUGAACUCAAGAGAUGGCUCUCUAAGCCUGACUGGCAAUAACGCACGGUACUGUUCUUGAAAUAUCUAAUGGCUUGAAAUUUUACUGUCUUUGUGAAAGGUGGGUACUAUCAUGAUUGCUUCCUCUUCUAUUCCUAUAUUCCUUUCUGAUUUUUUUAAAUAAGAAGUGUUAUAAGCACUAAUUAUGAAGCAAGUUUAGAUUACAGCCUUAUACACUUAUCCAUCUUUCCUUAGGAAGAUUUAUAGCUGAGAAAACUCUGCGUUAUAAUGAACAGAGUGAUUGUUCACUUUUUGACACUUUUAAGAACUUUUACAUUUCAGGGUACAUGACCUGGUCUCAUUUCUGCUUGUUUUGCCCUGGACCCUUGGUGGCUUGCCCCAUUCUUGUGUUUAUAAAAUGCUAAGUUUCAGUGUCAUGAAUCCAAAUCCUUUAAUGCCUGUACUCCUCUAUGUAGAAACAGGAACAACUUUACAACUUAAAAAGCUUUAAAGGAGAUUUCUCCUACCCCAACUUUAUUGGCAGUGGGAUUUUUCCUAGGAGAGUUGUGAAAAGUGAAGGGUUCUAAGUGAAUGCUGUAAAAAUGACUCACCUGUAUUUAUCAUAGUUUAAGCAAAAUCAUUCCUUCAGAAGUAAUGUAAAUGACCUUGAAAAUCAAAAAAAGUAACCAGAAUUUAUCCUUUUUUGUUUUAUACACACACACAAA